AUGGACCAGGGCAACCACACCAAUGUGAAGGAGUUUGUCUUCCUGGAACUCACUGGAUUUCGGGAGCUGGAGUGUUUUUUGUUUGUGGUCUUCCUUAUUGUGUAUGUAACAACGAUAUUGGGCAAUGUCCUCAUCGUGGUCACCAUCACCUGUGAGUCCCGCCUCCACACUCCCAUGUACUUUCUCUUACGCAACAAAUCACUCCUGGACAUUUUUUUUUCAUCCAUCACUGUCCCCAAGUUCCUGGUGGACCUUUUAUCCAAAAGAAAGACCAUCUCCUACAAUAGCUGCAUGACACAGAUCUUUUUCUUUCAUUUUGCCGGUGGAGCGGAUAUUUUUUCCCUCUCUGUAAUGGCCUAUGACAGAUACCUUGCAAUUGCCAAACCCCUCCACUAUGUGACCAUUAUGAGGAGAGAGGUAUGGGUGACCUUGGUGGUGGCUUCCUGGGUGGGUGGUGGUCUGCAUUCAAUUGCUCAGAUAAUUUUGUUGCUUCCACUCCCCUUCUGUGGUCCCAACAUUCUGGAUGCCUUCUACUGUGAUGUGCCCCAGGUGCUAAAACUGGCCUGCACGGACACCUUUGUUCUGGAGAUUCUCAUGAUCUCUAACAAUGGGCUAGUGACUCUGGUGUGGUUCUUCCUCCUCCUGGGCUCCUACACUGCUAUUCUGGUGAUGCUGCGAUCCCAACCUGGGGAGGGGCGGAACAAGGCCCUGUCCACCUGCACCUCUCACAUCCUGGUGGUGAGUCUCCACUUCGUGCCAGGCAUUUACAUCUACUGUCGGCCCUUCGUUAAGCUGCCCAUGGACACAGCAAUAUCCAUCAAUAAUACAGUCAUCACCCCCAUGCUGAACCCCAUGAUCUACACACUGAGAAACCAAGAGAUGAAGUCAGCCAUGAGGAGACUACAGAGACGGCUUCAGUCUUCUGAGAGCAAUAAAUUGGGGUGA